AUCACAUAACCUCAAAUUUAAUUCUGUGACAACAAGGUAUUUUUAGCACUAAAGAUUCUUUAUAAACAUUUCUUUUAUAUAAGUAUAAUAAAAUUGUAAAUUAAUGAAAAAUUAUGAGUGCCGCCCUCGUGAAACAAGCCCUAGAAAUCGUCGAUCCUGAUUUUACAACAAAAGCUUCCAAAAAGAAAACAAAGACUAACUCUUUCUUAAAAGAAAAAUUAAGAAACACCUCCAUUCAAAAAGGCAAAAAUAGAUUAGAUCUUUCAAGAGAAAAGAGAUAUACUAUUGAAGAAGCAAGACGAUCAGUGAAAUCAAAAGACCAAAUUCUAAGAGACAAUCUUUAUAAACUUGAGCUUAUUAAAAAGCAUAGCAAAGUACAUUUAGAUCCAAAGGCAACAGCUCAUAUAAUUCAAAGGGCAGUUUCAAGAAGGCCAAUAAGCUCAGAACAAGACGCAUCCAGAGUAGAAAAAACUGCAUUUACUGAAGAAGAUUUCAAGAAAUUUGAGGAGGAAUAUAUGAAUUCUGAAGAUUAAAUUCGUUAUAAGCAAUAA